CAACACAAAUCAGAUAACAUUUGGACCAAUAACCGUUAUCUUGCUGCUAUACCAAGUGGUUGCGCGUGACCCAAAUAUAAGUAUCUUAGGUGUCCCAGUGGAUGUACAGCUGCUCCCACACUCCACCACAACAGGAGUGGCUGUAGGAAUGCUCAACGCAUUACGCACGAUGGUGCUCCCUUCGUCACGCUACGUAAUGCCUUGGGUUGCCUCUGUGUUCUUGAGGAGCUGUCGUGGUCUGUCUUCCAUAGCUGGAGUAGCCCAAUCACUGACCACAACACAGUCCGUCACACAACCUCGGCCACAAUCACACAUCCCGGGACCCAAGUCAUGGCCUCUUCUGGGCACCAUGCCUGCCACAUUUACUGACCCAGCCUAUGACUCCACUAGGCUGCCCCGUCUCUGGCAAUCGUACUUCAAGAAGUACGGAACAAUUUUCAAGCUGAACUUCCCUGGACAGGGAGAUGUUGUUUUCCUGUGUGAUCCUUCAGACAUUCAACAUCUGUAUAAACAGAUGUUCGAAAAUCCUCGUCGACCUUUAUUUGAUUCACUAAGGAAAAUACGCAUUAACAACGGUACCAAGAUUUUCAAGGCAAAAGAAUUAGGGAUCCUUGUUGAGCAAGGGGACAGCUGGUGGCGGGUGAGGAAACAGGUUCAAGUACACGCUCUGAAAUCCAGGACUGUAGCUCAUUACCUGCCACAGGUGGACCAGGUGGCACAAGAGUUCGUCGCCAGGUCAGCCGGAGCGGGACCACAAAAUGAGCUUCCUGGGGAUUUCGUAGAAGAAUUGUUAAAGUGGGCACUGGAGUCCCUGUGCCUGGUGGCCCUCAACCAAAGAGUGGGAUGCUUUGAAAACAGUGAGGAAGGGAUGAGGAUCAUCAAGUCAUCCCUGACCAUGUUAGACGCUGUAGGUGAAUGUGAGUUUGGUUCCCAGCUGUGGAGGUACUUCACUACCUCUGCACUGAGACGAAUGUGGAGGGCUCACGAUUACAUUCUUAAAAUAGUCUUGGAAAAGAUGGAACAAGCUAAGAGGAACCUAGAGGCCCGAAGUCCAGAGGGCAGUGCUAAUCUGAACAUCCUGGAAUCGCUCAUCACCACCCCGGGCCUCUCCUUCGAGGACGUUGCCACUUUCAUGAUUGACCUCUUCUUUGCUGGCAUAGACACUACAUCAAUGAGCACGGUGUUUACCAUGUAUAACCUGGCUCGUCACCCUGACAAGCAGGCGAGGCUACAGGAGGAGAUGGAUCAGGUGUUGGGCGAUGGCCACCAACCUCUCACUGUUCACCAUCUGUCCAGGCUCUCCUACCUUAAAGCCUGUGUGAGGGAGAAUUUCAGGCUGUUGCCAACAUCAUCAAUUGUGACUAGACUCCCUAAUAAGGACGUAACACUUCAAGGUUACAGAGUCAAAGCUGGAACUCACAUUUACGUCAGCAUUAAGGAGUCAGGCAUGUUGGAGGAAUACUUCCCCCGGGCGACGGAAUUUCUACCGGAGCGUUGGUUGAGGGACAACCCAAACCGUCUUCAGAACCAGUUCGCCUCCAUGCCCUUCUCUAACGGCACUCGCAUGUGUGUGGGCAGGAGACUGGCAGAGCAGGAGAUUUACGUCCUUCUCGCAAGACUGCUACUGAAGUAUAAUUUGGAGUACAAGUACGAAGACUGGGACCCAGUUUUCACAUUCAUAUACAAACCAGACAAGCCACAAAACUUCACCAUGACUGAGCGUUGACGUCCUCCUCCGCUUCCUGUCUAUUAUUAUUAUAAUCAAAUAAAGCGCUAAAUUGACAAGGGUCAUGCAGCGCUGCUGGGCAGAACAUAAUGCUGGG